AUGCCAUCAAUUGGAAAAUCUUAUAAGAAUCAACGUUUACCAAAUGAUAAAAUAAUGCGUGAUUUUAUUGAUGGAGAAUUUUCUAAGCAAUAUUCUUUUUUCAAAGAAUCAUCAAAAGUAAAAUUUAUUUUAUGCGAGGAUGGUAUUGAAGUUAGUGACCUAUUACAAAAGAAACGUCGUACAUUAUCUUUAUUGUAUUUUACAUUUGGAAAUCUAUCACGAUUUGAACAAUCAUUAGAUAAAUUAAUACUAAUGUUAGCUGUUUGUGAAAAACGUGAUUAG